AUGGACGACCCAGCAGUGAUCAAGCCUCCAGAGGCGCCAUGGAGCAAGCUGGGAGAAUACAAGGUCAUUCGGGACAUUGCAGAAGGGACAUUUGGCAUGGUCAAAGAGGCAAUCCAUACCGUUACUGGAGUUCAUGUAGCAAUGAAAUUCCUCCCCAAGGGCAGUAUUCAGCGCGGAAACGCGAAAACUAGAGUCCGCAAGGAAGUAGAAUACAUGCGCGUCCUCAAGCAUCCACAUAUUGUUAGAAUGUACGAAGUCAUCAAUACCCCCACAGACAUUAUUCUCGUACUCGAGUUUGCCGGAGGAGAGCUCUUCGAUCUCAUUGCAGAGCAUGGAAAAAUGGACGAACCUCGAGCACGCCGUUACUUUCAGCAGAUCAUGUCUGGGAUUGCCUACAGCCACCGUCUGAACAUUGCCCACCGAGAUAUCAAGCCGGAAAACAUUCUCCUCGACCAUCGUGGCGAUGUGAAAAUCACCGAUUUCGGUCUAUCCAAUGCGCUCGCCGAUGGCGAAUUUCUCAAGACGAGUUGCGGAAGUCCCAAUUACGCCGCGCCCGAAAUCGUCUCGGGCAAGUACUAUACUGGCCCGGACGUGGAUAUUUGGAGUCUGGGAGUCGUACUCUUUGUAUUGUUGACUGCUCAGUUGCCCUUUGAAGUCGACCAGGGCGUCGAUAGCAGGGAGCAGGUCCGCAAUCUGACCACGAAAAUCACAGAGGGCCGCUUCCACCUUCCAUCCUACCUUUCUCAUGAUGCCAGGAGUCUUAUUAACCGACUUCUUGUUGUCGAUCCAUUCAAACGAGCCACCGUGGAAGAAAUUUACAACCAUCCGUGGUUCACUGUCGAUCUUCCCAGCUACCUCCGCCCUUAUCCUCAUGCACCUGGACCGUUGCUCGGCAUGUCGUCCCUCAUGAAUGCCAACAAGACGGGGACCAUCAUACCCGGUAUCGGACGCGUCAACGAAGAUGUCGUAGCAGAAUUGGCGGGUCUGAUAGAUCUUACGCCGGGCGACAUCUGGCUCGCCCUUCAGCGUGAGGGCCCAAAUUGCAUCAAAGUUACCUAUUGCCUCUUACGAGAUCAACACCGACGCUACAUGCAAGUUGUCGAGUUUGCCGACGAGGAGCGAGAAAUGCAGAUUAACCAAAUCUCUGGAAUCAAUCCAAGUGCACACGCCCCUCCUGCAACUGCCGACGAGACGGAUCCUGCCAUUUCGCCGCCAGUUGUGCUCGGAAAUGAGGGAGGGGAUAGCGAACUCAAUCCCUUUGAUGGCGUCGCAGCAGAGGAUGAGGAAGAUGAAGACGAAGAAGAAGGAGAUGAAGAAGGAGAUGAAUAUAGUGCACAAGAAGAAAGUGGCAAGGCGACCUUUGCGGUUUUGCAAGCGAGUAUACCAGGUCAUACAGACAGUCCAGCGGGCACACCACUCGGUCGUCCGUCCCACCUCAACUCCAAAGUUACGAGCGCACCUGCGCCAAAGGAGAAGAAGAGCAAGCUCAGAUGGCACUAUGGCAUCCGCUCUCGGAGCCCUCCGCUUGAAGUCAUGCUCGAGAUUUACGAUACGCUCGCCCAUUGUGGAUUCCAGUGGAGAGAAAAGAAGGGGCCUUGGGCUCUCAAGGCACCCAAGUCGAUCUACGAUCUCAAUGAUUCCAUCUUUUUCGUCGAGACGCGUUGCAGAGUCCGAGACGUUGUCGUUCUCAUGGAUAUUCAACUCUUCCAAGUCGACCAUUCCAACUAUCUAGUCGAUUUCAAAAACGUCACGUAUUACAAGGCGUCGACCGUCCCGGACGCGCGCCAAUACGAAAUGGCUGUUCCUAUCGACAGAAGCAAAGGACGAGCGGAUGUGAUGGAAAAGAAUGCAGAGCCUCCAAACUGCAGCCCGUUCCUAUUCUUGCACGUUGCGAUUCAGCUCAUCAUCGAGCUCGCUGGUGGAUAG